AUGUCUACGUCAAUAUUUCGUUUUGCAAAGAACAUAUACAAGUCAGGCUUGAGAAGAGCUGGUUGGCAAUUGCAAGUACACAAUGAUGUCAAGAGUGGUACCUUGAUAGGAACAGACGACCACGGCAACAAAUUCUACGAAACCGAUGCACCAGAAGAGACUAUAUUAAGAACGAGAUGGGUUGAAUAUAACAACUGGUCGCCGGAUAUGUCACAAGUUGAGCCAGGAUGGCAUUAUUGGUUGGGGUAUGGAACGAAUACUCCACCAAACAAGUUACAGGGGGAUGAGAAGACUACUCGGGCAUAUCCUUUACCUGCUCAUCAUAAACCAAAUUUGACCAAUACUCCCGGUGCUUAUGUUUGCUAUAAUACUGCAAAACCAAAAUGUCAAAGUUGGAGUCCUGAGGUGAAGGAAAGAACUGGUGAGAGAGUUGGAGAGAGAGUAUAG